GUAAGGUUUUCAGUAUAAAACCCUAGUUUGUUAUAAUCCUUAAAGUUCCUUCUCCUUGUUCUCUUCCGCAAUUUCUCAUCUGCGAAGAAGAAAAAAUGGUGUCUCUGAAACUUCAGAAGCGAUUGGCUGCUAGUGUUCUCAAGUGUGGAAAGAAGAAAGUAUGGCUUGACCCUAAUGAGUCUGCCGACCUUUCUACCGCUAACUCAAGGCAAAACAUUAGAAAGUUGGUAAAGGAUGGUUACAUUAUUCGUAAGCCAACUGUGAUUCACUCUAGAGCUCGUGCUCGUCGUAUGAAUGAAGCUAAGGCUAAGGGUCGUCACUCUGGUUAUGGUAAGAGGAAGGGUACCAGAGAAGCUAGGUUGCCUACCAAGAUUAUCUGGAUGAGGAGAAUGCGUGUACUCAGGAGGUUGCUCCGUAAGUACAGGGAGGCAAAGAAGAUUGACAAGCACAUGUACCAUGAUAUGUACUUGAAGGUAAAGGGUAAUGUGUUCAAGAACAAGCGUGUACUGAUGGAAAGUAUUCACAAAUCUAAGGCAGAGAAGGCCAGAGAGAAGACUUUGUCUGACCAGUUUGAGGCUAAGCGUGCUAAGAACAAGGCUAGCAGAGAAAGGAAGCAUGCUAGGAGGGAGGAGCGUUUGGCUGCAGGACCCGUCGAUAAAGUGGCAGCACCCACAACCACACCCACACCUGCACCUCAAGCAGCUACUGGGGCACCAAAGAAAUCCAAGAAAUGAGCAAACUGUUAAGAAGUAAUAUCAUUGAGCAGUACGUAGAACUAGCGUUUUAUUAUAAUAGUGAACUUUUUUUCUUGUGGACAAGAAACCUGUGUUACUGGUUCCUUAUAUUUUUGGAUGCUAUUAAACUUGUUUUAAUUAUCACAGUUGUUGCUUUUGUUUUCCUUUUAUUGAUGUUCUUUAUUCA